CUGGUGUCAAACUUUCGAGUAGUAGACUUGCUUAUCCCACUUUCUUUGGAAUGAAGCUAGUUACCUAGAUGGGAUACUAGUCUAAGCUGGACACCAUGAUGACUACUUGCGUGAUUGUUUACAUGCGUGAUUGUCUACAUGCGUGGUUACAAAGGCGAUAAUUAGUCUGGUCUCCUGUCGUCGUGAUCCGAACGGACGAUCGCGUGAGUUUGGACACUCACCAAGCUCUCGUUUCUACAGAACGAACAUAAAAUCCACUAAUUUGUGACAAUGUCUGACGAACCGGAAACAACCACCUCUGAUUUUUGGAAGGGACUUUGGAAGAACGGUGACAUUGGCUGGCAUCGUAACGAAGUGAAUGCAUUUCUGAUCAAGUAUUUUGACGAACUCACCGGUGGACGAUCGAAUCUUCGCUUCUUCGUGCCCCUUAGUGGAAAAUCAGUAGAUAUGUUGUGGUUGGCCGACAAAGGGCAUACAGUGGUUGGAGUAGAGCUCGCCAAGCAAGCAAACGAGGAUUUCUUCGCAGAAAAUAACCUGACUUUCACGGUGGAAUCAGUUGAAAUGUCUGCAGUCAGUGAGCCUGUGGAAGUAUACAAGUGUACGGAGAAGAAGAUCACGAUCUUUUGCUGUGACCUCUUCGCUAUGACAGAAAAUGAUGUUGGUGGGAGAUUCGACGCCAUCUGGGAUCGUGGAUCCUUGUCUGCCAUCGCUCCUUCGUUUGGUGACAGGGGUAAACGGUAUACAACAAAAAUGCAUUCACUUCUGGCUAGUGGUGGAAAUUACCUGCUAGAAAGCUGUUAUUAUGAAGUUGACCGCGGGAUGAACCCUCCAGCCAGCAUUCCAGACGAGCAGAUAAAUGAAAUGUAUGAAGAACACUUCACUAUCAAAAAGCUGGAAGUGAACAAAAUUCAGCCAAACCUCGACAUAAAAUUGUCCUUUGCUCUCGACAUGAAACAUUACCUGUUCAAGCCAAAAGUAAACUAAUGUACCCGGGGAAGGUGGGCGGGGAGGUAGUUGCUAUGGACAUUUUUAUAUUGACGAGGAGGCUAGAUAUCUCGACCAGUGGUGUAAGUGUCGGUUUUUUCCUCCUUAGGAAUAA